UAAGAGGAGGCCUCUCAAACCUGCUUAGUCAUUCAAUUACAUAAUUGCUGAUAAAAUCUUGGCUUCGACUCAAUUUUCCCACUCGCUUAACAUACCCUUUGAGGUUCAAUUGUCUGUUGAUUUCUACCUUGAAUAUACUCAAUGGCUUUUGGAAAGUUAUUUUCCCAUUCUAAGUCAAUUACUUGGACCACCUUCAUACCAAAUAUGAAACCAGCCUACAGAAGAAGCUCUUGAAAAUGAAGGAGAAGGGUUUUUAAAUCGACAAAGUUGCCAGAAUAUCUUAGUCAAGUUGUGGUGGCUAAUGGAACAUGUCACCUCCAUAAUCAUCCCGUCCUUUCCUUACAAGGCAAAGGUAGCUCCAUAUUAACUAAGAUAUAGGAACUCAGUGGAGAUCGAUAUUAAUUGGGAUAUUCAAGUCCCCAUCUUCUAUAUUCCUGCUUUAAUUACAAUACAAAAUGGUUAAUUGGUGGAAGGCUGAUUUGAAACAUACUUAAUGAAUGCAAGCCUUUGUGUUUAUCCUUUUUUUAUCUGUGCUUCGGGUAAGUUAAUUCAAAGUUUACGUUAUUUGAUAUUUAUCAGUGGGAUUUUGGUGUAUUUGGUUAGCAGCAACCCAACAACAUGAAGCAUUCAACUUGAGUCCUCCAAAAUCCCUCCUGGAUUAUAAAAUACAAUGCAGUAAUGGGUAGAACCUGGUGUAAUAAAAUCUCAAUUCGCAGUAGGUGCCGGAUUACCUGCGCAAACAGCGAGCCCUUCCUUGGAAAGACUUGCGUAGUAUGCAUUCCACGUUAAACCUGCUCCGGACCAGAAUUGGGUGGAGUUAAAAUAUAAUCACAGUAUCGCCAACAAAAAAAACAGAAGCGUGACACGAAGACUUUCCCCGAGUGUCCCAUCGAUAACAGUCGCGAAAACAACCGAAAGACCAUUGGUCUCCCUCACCUGAGCACUGACGGAAGGCGGGUUAAAGUUGACUGGAAGCCGAGGUAACUUGAAUACUCGGGUAAAAGGCACUGAACUAAUUAACCUGCGUGGGACCAGGAAAUGACAAAUGCAAUGUUUCAGAAGCCGGACCGAAUCAGGGAAGUAACGCAAAAGAAAAAAAAAUACCCAUUGCACUGAAGGCAGGAGGAAUCGGAAAUAAAUAAUAAGGCUUAAUUAUUUAAUAUUUAUACUGAUUCUGCUGGAAAGGGUCAACUAUAUCUUGAAGUGCGUCGAACUCUGGAUGGGAUCCACAAUACUCGGAGCAGUAUAACAGGUAAUACCUGUUGGAAUUGAAGCCGAGCCUGGGGAAAUUGUAAUUCUCUUCCACACUAAGCCUGUGUGGAGUUGGGUCCUGAUAGUUUAAUGGAAAGUAUGUGCCAAUUCUCAACGAGAAAAUUCAUCUGAAGACUGUGCAAUGUUCAAGAUGUCAAGGAUACAGCAAACAGGUGAUUAAAUACAGAAAGCCAGGAAAUCUGCAGCAAGUCUAAAUAGUUUGCCUGUACUUGGCUCUCUCUGACUGGUUAUCCGUGGCCACAUCAUCUGAUGCUCACUCUCUGCGUGGGAAAAGCUGAGCAUUUGGAGGUUUAAUGAAAUGCAGAUUCCGUCAAAGAAAAUGGACAACGUCGUUAUUGGAAGGAGCAAGAGGUAAAAAAAAAAUGAAGGGUGCUUCUAAAUACGGGCUGCCAUAAACUAAGUCUGAAGAAUGGUCUCGACCCAUUCCUUCUCUCCAGAGAUGCCACCUGUCCCGCUGAGUUACUCCAGUACUUUGUAUCUACCUUCGAUUUAAACCAGCAUCUACAGUUCUUUACUCCACAUACUUGGGAAACGACCUCUGACUCUGACUCCAGGAGAACUGUCACAGCGACCGAAAGUGCAGCUUUACCUGGGAUCCUGGCAUUUGGGAUAAAGCUAACACAUGUGAUAACACGGAAUUAAUGAUCACAUUGGCAUCCAGAUGAGCUUAGGGAUCAGCGACUUACAAGUGUAACUUUUAUGAGUCUCGGACAUUAGGAAUAUUUGCAACAGAGCCGCCAGCUUACAAAACUCUUUGACAUUUAUUAUUUGCCCGGUGUGUUGAAGACUUGUUUUAAUUUCUUCUCGUUUUGGGUGCCGAUAGACAAUAUCUCCAGAUGUCUGAGCUAGUCGAGAUCACUUCUGGCCGUUUACCAGCGAAUCGCUCCAGGAUCCAGCAAAGCAUCUUGGAGGAUCAGGUGGAACUGUGGUGGUUCCAAGAUAUGAAACGUGUGGUGAUGUGUAACGCUGUGGUUUUGGUCUUGGCUUUAGGGUCUGGGAUAGGGGGGAUUGUUGUUAUAUCAACGGCCACCAGUAAAUCUGGCGAAUGGAGGCUUGCCGUAGGGAUUGUCUUGUGUUUAUUAUGUUUAGUCAUUCUCUUUAAACAACUAUUGACCUCCGCGCUCCUGGAUAUGAACUGCGUGAGGAACAUAGCCCGCAUUCACAAGUUAAGGAGUGGUGGUCUACUUGAUUAUCUUGUUAUUUUGUUCACUGGAUUUGCAGUACUCACCUGCGGUUGUGUCCUGAUAAUUUUGGUACAGUCUGAGUUCUAUCCAGCAUCUAGAUUUUGGAGUGAUAAAUUAAUCGCAGGAGUGACUCUAACAGUGGCUGGCCACAUUAUCCUGCUCUCGUUAUUGUUCUAUGUAUCGAUUUUCGAAAUCUAUCCUAAAAUCACAGCCAGGUUCACAGACAGAAGGGAACAAAAUGUUUUUACCAUUUCUGGAAGUGACGCUGUGGAGAGGCAAACGCCAAUCUCCACAAGAACCACCAACCUGUCAUAAAGCAAGGGAUGGCUGAGAUUAUUGCAAGACAACGAAUUGCUCUGACAUUCUUCUUGUGUAUGGCGUGCGCAGCCUAAAGUUGUAGCUCAACUUGUUCUAUUUGAUCUAUUUGUUUGUGCGCGUCGGGUUGAUUGCAUUAGUCGAAACAGGGUGCACCAACGUGAAGGUUGCAAUCUUCCACCCAGGUCUCCGCCCUGACAUUGAGAACGCUGUACAAAGUAGACGUGGUUCAUCUCGAUUUUCUCAUAAAUGUCGAAAUAAAUGGAAAAGGACAUCUGAUGUAAAAUACUGGGUUUUGUUAAUGGGGCCGCUCAGUGGUACAACUGGAAGAGCUGGUGAGCCAAGUUCAAUCCCGACCUUGGAUGCUGUCUGUGGAGUUUGCACGUUCUCUGUGUAGGUUUCAUCUCUGGGAUGUGGGAGGAAAUGGAACACCUAAAGACGUGCAGAUUGAUAGGUUGCCUGGCCAUUGUAAUUUGCCCCCCAGUAUAUAGGUGGGGGUGGAUUUGAGGUGAGUUGGUGGGAAUGUGGAAAGAAUAAAAUGAGAUCGAUGUAAAUCAGUCUAAAUGGGAGCUUGACAUCCAGGAUGGGCUCAAUGGGCUGAAGGGCCUGUUCCUGUACUGUAUGACUUUAUGAACCUCUUUAGUCACAGGGUAAUUAAUCUGUGGAACAUUGCAACAGGGGGCUGUGGAGGCCGCCAGUGGAUGUUUUUAAGGCAGAGUUUGACAAAUUCGUGAUUAGAACGGGUGUCAAGGGAAGACAGGAAGAUGGGAUUAGGAGGCAGAGAUCAGCCAUGAUUGAAUUCAACUAUAAUUUAUGAACUGGUGAACUUGUGACUCAAUUAUAAUAACAAGGGAUUUAACGAUAUGUUGUAAACUUGAUUACUUCCUUAUUAUGUGACUUUGGAUACAUGCUGGUUCCAGUUGAGUUACCUCUUUAGUCCCAUCUUCCCUUUCUUUAUUUCCCUGUGGCCUGGUAACCGAUUCUCUCUCACAUACCCAUGAACUCACCAUUGAAUCAUUUGCCACUUACAGUCGUCAGGGGUAUUUUGUUGCUCUUUCCCAGCACAUUUUUGGAACGCAGGGGCAUUGGCUGGUCACUGGGACAAUGUACAAGUUCCACACGGACAGCAUUUGAGGCCGGGAUUGAACGCAAGCUCCUGCCACUGCAAGACAAUUGUGAACUUUGUGACAUAACUUUGACCAAUUUCCAAACUCUGGCACUACAUACAUGCUGUAGGUCAAAAUGUGAACACAUUAAAUCAUGUUAAGAUUUAUAUUAAUUAAACUAAAUGAAGUAUAGGCAGCGUAUUACAGGCUUCUGUGAAUUCAGUACUAUUGCUGUCAUUUAUAUUAAUUCAAAGAUUUGAAAUAAAUGCAUAUAGAAACGUAAAUGAAGUCAAAGUAAUAUAGAAUUAUAAAUAAAAUUAUAAUUUGAUUUUUGCACAAAUAAAUUGGUUAUCUAUUCUGUUGUUUUGGUUGCUUGUCAAUGGGGGAAGGUGAAAGUGAUGUUGUAUCAUUCCGAUUAGUCCGUCAAUAACAACAGCUUAAAAUAAAAUAAGUUUGGGACUUAAAGUCCGAGUUGUCUUGUUUCUUUACGCACACUUGACUAUUUAAGGAUAGAUGUGCACAUACACACAACAGACAUUUAUAGAAUGCAGAGCAAGAGUGUAUGGACAAACACACAUUGGUGUGCUUACCAUGGGUGGGUAGAUGUAAACAAAGAAUUGUUUGGAUUGAAUGAACCCUCUGAUAUUUACAGUAAUCUAAAUUAUGCAA